GCUAAUUUCAAGAGGGACGGUUCGUUUCUGGAGGUGAUUCUCACGAGGCUGAAAUAAAAAAUAUAUCUCUCCCUAACCCUAAACAACAGCUAGCAAACAGUAUACCCAAUCAUAUACGAAAAACAUGAAAAUAUAUUUAUCCCAUCAUCAGUAGUAUCAUUAAUAAGCUGAUCAGUACAAAAAUAUUUGUUUUUAAGAGAUUGUCAAAAGUCAAUUUUAUUAAAUCCAAUGUUUAGUGCCAGUUAUUCUUACCACACAAAUGAUUCUGACUCAACUUCUGUCGAAGAUAUUAGACUUCUGUUGAUUUCCAGCAUACCUAAGUUUUAUCACGCAUCUAAUUUAAGGAAUUUCUUCUCUCAAUUCGUUGAGUCGUCAAAAUUUUCAUGUUUUCACUAUCGUCACAGGCCAGAUAUUGUGCACAUAGAAUCAACCACCGAGAUAGAUGGAGUUCAGUUCCUUAAGUCCAUCAAACGAGUUACUAAAAGCAAAACAUCAUGCUGUGCUAUUUUUUCAAUCUACGAGAAAUAUAUCAAGGAGUUUUUUCGUCUAUAUAAUGGUCUCAAUUGGCCUAGUGUGAAUGACGAUGUACCUUUGGAGUUGAAAUGUACCUUGUAUUCAUUGAACGAUGCAACUGUAGAAAAAUUUAGCUGUUUACCUGAAUUCAAACCACUGUCAUGGAUGCCUCGUGGGAACGUCGGGACACCUACGCAGUAUUUUUUCAAUUUAAUCAAAGACUGCAAACUCGAGAGUUCAGUUAUCUCUAAGCUCAAUUUAGAUUUCUCUAUGCAAACUAAGGGCCGCAAAUUUGGUGCAGUUCCUUUCGUUUAUGAAAGUUCAAAUACAAUUGAUGAGAAGUUACACUCUACUGAAUCAAGUGAUAUCGAUCUUGAAUCUGGUGUUGUUUGCAAGUCUUACAUUCCUAAUAAGCGCCACGUGCCUUUCAGUGAUGUUUCAAAAUUAGUCUCCGAUCCAGUUGAUCUUGAAGAUGAAGAUGAUAUCCCAGAAGAAUGGGAUCGUUUUGAAGCAUUGCAUGACGACCCAUACAAUUUAGACAGGGGAAACAAGGCACAGCUAAAGUAUGAAAGUAAAAUUGAACUUGUUUGGGAAAAGGGCGGUUCUGGUCUAGUUUUCCAUACUGACCAACGUACUUGGGAGAAGUUAGACCCACUAAGAAAAGAAGAAAUUUUUGACGAACCUUCGUCUUUUGACUGGGAUAUAGACAUGCAGCCAUAUGAAACACCAACUGGAAUAGGUACAGGUCCAUGUCCAAACGGAUUUCACGGUGGUGAUAGAGAUACAGCUGAACUUAUUGAUAUCAAUCGGGAAAAGGAAUCCAUUCAUAUCCAAGACCUCGCAUACAAUCCAUGUGCUUUUUUUACCAACGAAGUAAUUACUAAAGGCUAUGGUGAGCAAUUAUUAAAGCGAAUGGGUUGGAUCCCAGGUACAGGACUUGGAGCCAAAAGAGGCCGUUUCAAAGUGUCUUCGGGGAUAAGGGUCCCCAUAACGUGUGAAGGUAGUCUUCCACCCAAAGUCCGAAAGGGUCUUGGUUACUACGGGCCUCGGAUUCUACGCAAUUCUAACAGGCAGUUAUUAAGUGGCAAAUCAACCUCCUGCAAAGUAGGAAGCACAGUAAAACCUGUAUAUAUCCGAUCUGUGUUUGAUUCUCCACAGACUGUUGCGUGUCGUAGCGGACUUGGAUUAUCUCCCAGUGUUUUGAGACGUAAUGAUCUUGGGAUGGUCGUGAAAUGGCUAAGUGAUAGAGAAGAAACUUCAAGCCAUCUGAAAUCCCCUAAACCUUUACAUGACCAACUUUCAAUCAGAAACCGUACCAUUAUUCUGAACACAUACAGUAAUUUAUCUAAAGAAGGUAUUUCUUUUGUAUCUGGUGGUUACUUAAAUCCAUCAUAAAUUUUUUUUCUCUAUAUUUAAACCUCAUGUACAUAUUCAUAUUCUAUCGUAACUCACUGUGUAUAAACCAGAGACUUUCGUGAUUUAUUUACGGCUGUAUAUUUUAUCUUACAAUUUCUGUGCCCAAAUCCUAAUUUGUUCUUCUAUUAGUCAUAUUUUCCAUCUUUAUCUUCUAAUGUGGUGUUUUCAUAAUAUUGUAAUACUAUAUUAGUUAAUAUUUAACAACUUACUCUCUG